AUGUCUGCUACCGUCCCGAAGACGAUGAGGGCCUUGAUCACGCAGCCCGAGAAGAAGGCCGUGGUGAAGGAGGUCCCCGUGCCAAGUAUCACCGAUGACGAGAUCCUCGUUAAAGUUGCUGCAGUAGCGCAGAACCCGACGGACUGGAAGUUCGUCGAAUUCGUGCAGAACCAUGGUACCAUCUGCGGGUGCGACUGGGCCGGGAACGUCGUCCAAGUCGGCAAGAACGUCACUACGUAUGCAGUCGGAGACCACGCCGCGGGAUUCCACCAGGGCGGAAGCUACACGGACCGGGGCGCUUUCGCGGAGUACGUGAAGGUAGAACCUGACCUCGCUUGGAAGGUACCUCCCGGUGCGCUCUCACAUGAGGAAGCUGCGACCAUGGGUUGCGCAUUCUGGACUGCGGUUCAAGCUUUGUUCCACCCCACUCGCCUUGGUUUGGUCGAGCCGCCUAAGAAGGCGCCUGGUAACGAAUGGAUCUUCAUCUAUGGUGGUAGCAGCUCCGUUGGACUUUAUGCCAUCCAACUAGCGCGCAUUGCUGGCUACAAGGUCGUCACUGUCGCAUCACCGAGGAAUCACGAAGUCCUAAAGUCUCUCGGCGCUGAUGCGGUAUUCGACUACAACGACCCCGACGUGAUUGCGAAGAUCAAGGAGACGACCGGCGACUCGCUGCACGUCGCGUUCGACACCAUCUCCGUUCACGACUCGCAAGUCCUGACCGUCAAGACCUUCGCGCCCGGGCCGGGCAAGCUCAUCGUCAUCCAGCAACCGGAGGAGGACGCGAAGAAGCUGAACUCGAAGGUCACAAUCCAACACACGCUGAUCUACACUGCUCUCGGGAAGGAGCUCAAGCUCGGCAACGGCUACCCUGCGUUGCCGGAUGACCGGGCACACAUGGCGCAGUUCCUGACCAAGGUCCCGGGGCUCGCCAGCUCUGGGGCGAUCAAGCCCAACCCAAUCAAACUCUGGGAAGGCGGUCUGGAGGCUAUUCCGGACGGCCUGUUGUACAUGAAGGAGGGCAAGAUUACCGGAGAGAAGAUUGUGUACCGUGUUUAG